UGUAGUUUUAGGUUAUACAUUUAUGUAUUAACCGGAGUAUUAGUUUUUGUUUUAUAAUGGUCUAUUCCUUUAACAAAUGACCGUAUAACUAUAUUGCGAUAAUGAAUGAGUCAAAUUCUUGUCGCUGCUGCCUGCAGGCUGCCGCGGAGAUGGACUUGACAAUACCGUACACACACCUCGGCAGAACCGAGAUAUACUCGGACAUGCUUAAAAACUGUUUCGAUUUGCAGUUAAUACACAGCGGUAAUGGUUCAUGUGGGAUCUGCGUGACAUGCGUGGGGCGCCUGCGAGACGCCAAUGACUUCAAGCUACAAGUGCAGCGCUGCCAGGAAGAGCUACAGUGCCAUGCUAAUAGUGAAAAUGUAGUCAACAAAAUAGAGAAGACUAACCAUGGCUCAGAGGAUGAGGGUGUCGAACCAAUAACAAUAAAGUCGGAAAACAAUGCAGAGGAUGGGGCUGUAAAUGUCUUAUGUGAUGACUUGUUAGUCAAGUCGGAGUAUCAAGAUGUUUUGAAGAAUGAAGAUGACAUGUCACAGUCGGAAGAAACGGAACCGACAGCUACUACGUCCCGCGCCGAGAGGCUCAGCCCCUCGAGUAAUGCGAGCGACGCGUCUUACACUGCCGAACUACAUUCCGGCGACGAGACAUUCACCAGCGACACUUCUGAAGAAGCAGCGCCACACAGCGGCCAACAGCGCUAUCAGUGCCGGCUGUGUGACAAACACUUCGUCAACCAGUCCACCUUGAAGCGACAUCAGCGAAACAUUCACGCGACAGAGAAAACGUACACUUGCAAUAAAUGCAAAAAGAAAUUUACUACCAAAGUGUAUUUGAACAAACAUAAAUGCCCUUACACCGGGGACGAGCCGUUCGGUUGUAAUAUUUGUGGCAAGAAAUUCACACAGAAGAGUUAUUUAAAAAUACACAAAGUAAGCCACAACGGAGAUAAACCAUACAAGUGCGAAAUAUGUAACCGGGCAUUCGCACGAAAAUGUUUUUUGCAACAACAUCGACAAACUCCGUGCAAAGAAAGUACAUACACCUGCGAUAUAUGUAAAAAGCAGUUUUACAAAAAAAGUAUACUCAAAAGUCAUAUAUCAACUCACACGGGAAUAAAACCAUAUGGAUGUAACGAGUGUGACAAACGGUUUUCAGUAAAAUAUAAUUUGGACGCGCAUAAAAGAAUGCAUACUGGAGACAAAUACAGUUGUGAAGUUUGCGACAAACAAUUUCUUUCUCGCAACAACUUGAUAAGACAUAAAAUAACUCAUACAGGUCAAAAGUACAAAUGUACAAUUUGUAACAAACAAUUUACUCAGAAUUAUUCUCUAAAGGCACAUCAAAAAAUCCACACUGGAGAAAAGGUGGCUAGAAAGCCUAGAGAACGAACUCACGCCUGUAAAGAUUGUAACAAGCUAUUUGAAUCAAAGGUGAACUUAGAGAGACAUGCGAGGACACAUACGGGAGAGAAACCUUUCUCGUGUGAAGCGUGUCACAAGCAAUUUACUCAAAAAAGUGGAUUAUUUAGACAUAUAGAAACAUGUAAAUCAUGUCCAGCAUUUAAAUCAUAGACUAGACAUAUUUAGUGUAAUACAGAAAUGUACUUUUCUCAAAGUUAUUUUUGGCUUCGAAUAAUGCCCUAAGAAAUUGAUAAACGCACUAAAAUAAUUUAUUUUCGAAAUCAGAAAAUAGCAUAUAGAUAGACUACAAACUACAUUAGGUACCUUAGUUCCUGUUUAAAAAAAAAAACGAAUAGGUAAACAUUAGUGUUCUUCAAAAUAGUAUUUACUGAGUCUAAGUAAGAGUAUUGAUUGUAAGAAUUGUAUUUUUUUUUUACUUUAAGGUGCAUUAGGGUAAUUACGAAUGACAGAAAUUCUCUGGUAAUUCCGAAAGGGGAAUCUUGAUAUGAUGGAAAUAAUGGUGAUUUUUAUGCGACUUUCGUAAUUAGUCGACUUUUGGAAUUACCCUAAUGCACCUUACUUAUUUUGAGAUGUUAUUUAAAUGUACAUUGCAUCUUUAUUU